ACGUCGAAGAAUUGGGUUUUGCAGGCUUAUCAUGUUUCCCCCGAUGCGAGCAAUCCUUAUGGGAAGGAAGCCGAGUAUGCGAAUGUUGUGACGAAUUCGAUUGAGAGCGAGGAUGAUUGGGGAGGUGAGGGGAAGGGGUUGGAGUUGUGGGUGAGGCGGGUUGAAAAGGGGGGAAAUGGAAGGAAGAUGGUGGUGGGUAUGGCUGAGAUUUCAAGUCGGAGAGAUGAUAUUUUGUUUGGGAGUUUCAGGAUUGGGAUGAAGAUGACGGAUGUGCCUGGAACGGUUGGGGCUUUUUUCUUUUAUUUCAACGAUUCGACGGAAAUCGAUGUCGAGAUCUUAUCCAGGGAGAACUCGAAUAAGACGGUGAAUCUGGUUAUACAAUCUCCUCAAUCUGCUGCUCAAGGGUAUGCUUCUGGACCGGAUUUCAUCAACAAGAGCCUUGAGUUUGAGCCGGCUUCUGGGUAUAAUGAAUAUCGAUUUGACUGGCUUCCGGAGCGUGUCGACUUUUACGCCAACGGUCAGCUGCUGACGACUGUGACUCGAAAUGUUCCCAGAAAUGCUGGAAAGCUGCAUAUUUCUCAUUGGAGCAAUGGAAAUCCAGGCUGGUCGGCUGGACCUCCGGAACAGGAUGCGGUUAUGGUGGUGAGCUAUGUGAAAGCUUACUUCAAUACCUCUUCGAGUGUGAGGAGU